AUGACCAGGUGGGCUCUGCUGGUGCUGAUGGUCCUGACAUUGGUCAGGACUCUGCUUGUCCCAGCAACCCCUAUCCCAGGCUUCCGGCUCCUCCCUCAGAACUUUCCCCAGGGCACUCCCUGCCCUGUGACCUCGGAGAGCCCUUUAGCCAGCACCACAGGCCCCUCCACUGUUUGGGGCCACCCUGGCCCUGGGCCCCGCAUCACCCUCUUGCUGGAUGUCCCCCUUGGCCUCCUGCAGAUCUUACUGGAGCAGGCUGCUGCCAAUGCCCACGUCUUGGCCCACGUUGGCUGCCGCUGA